AUGGUCCGCUCGGCGCCAGGCCACGCUCCUUGUCGCUCCCGACGCCGCUAUCGCCAUUUUCCACGCGACUCGCACGCACACGGGACGGGAAGCAAGGACAGGAUGGAGACUACUAUGGUGUGCCUGGACAACUCGGAGUGGAUGCGCAAUGGCGACUUUGUGCCGACGCGGCUGGUGGCGCAGCGGGAGGCGGCGUACGACGCUGGAAAGGCCAAGCUCAUGGCGCACCCGGAGAACCUUGUGGGCAUCAUCUCCAUGGCCGGGUCGUCUGCACGGGUGGUGACCAACCUGACCAACGACGAGGGCCUGCUGUACACCUCGCUUCUCAAGGUGACGCCCGCGGGGACGGCCGACUUUGUCGCCGCCCUCCAGGUCGCCCAGCUCGCCCUCAAGCACCGGCCCAACCCCAUCCAGCGCCAGCGCAUCCUGCUGUUUGUUGGCUCGCCCGUAGUGGCCGAGACGCCCGUCCUCGUCAAGCUCGCCAAGCAGCUGAAGAAGAACAAGGUCUCUGUCGACGUCGUCAACUUUGGCGAGACUGAGGCCAACGUGGAGAAGCUGGAGGCCUUUAUCGCCGCCGUCAACUCGGGUGAGUCGUCGAACUUGCUCAACGUGGCUGCCGGCGAGACGCGCAACCUGCGCGACAUCCUCUUUUCGUCCGCCAUCAUGGGCGGCAUUGGCGCUGGCGCCGUCUCGGGUGGCAUGGAUGACGACGUUGCCCGCGCCAUCGCGCUCUCGCUGCAGGAGGCGCAGAGCUCGGCAGGCGCCGCCACUGGUGCCGGCGACGCCGCUGCUGCCGCGCCUGUUGCUAUGGACGACGACAUCUCGUUCCUCACCGAGGAAGAGCAGAUCGAGCGCGCCCUCGCCAUGUCGCUCGCUGACUCGGCACCGCCGCCGGCCGCCGACGAGCCGGCGCCCAUGGACACUGCCCCUGCCGACGAGCCAGCACCCGCCGACAACAACCCCACCGCUGUCGCCGACGCUCUCGACGACCCGGACCUGCUGGCCACCCUUGCCGGCCUGCCCGGCCUUGACGCCGAGACGCUGGCCUCCAUCCGCGGCGCCAUGCAGGACGACCCGAACGACAACAGCGGGAACGACGGGGGCGAUGGGAACGGUGGGAACGACAACUAGGGUGGAAGCCAGUAGGGGGGCACGUAAAGACUGCUGAGGUGA